GGCAGUGACUCUCCUUUUUCCUGACAGACCAAGAAGCAUGGCCGUGCACAGGUGGCUGCGGGGAGCUGGGCUCUGCCACGCAGGCACCUUCAUGACCGUCUGUGCGAUGCUGGCGUGGUCUGUUUCCACGCACGAGGGUUUCCACGGUCACGGGCAUUCUCACGAAGACAUGCACCACGGCCACAGCCACGCUCAUGAUGAACACGAGGAUAUUUGGCAUGGCCAUGCACACGAAGACCCCCAUCAUGGACACAGCCACUCGCAUGUUCACGAGGAUCCUCACCAUGGGCACAGCCAUGGACAUGAAAACCACCAUCAUGGACACUGGCACGGCCACGUUCACGAGCCGGCUCACGAGGAUCCCCACCACGGGCACAGCCAUGUCCACUCCCACGACGAUUCUCACAGCCACUCCCACGGGGCUGGUGGACCCAGCCAGCCCAAACCACUCCUCGGGAAGCCACCUGUGAGGAGGGAGAGGCUGGAGCCGGUGCAGCUGUGGACCUACGCGAUCGGGGCCACCCUGCUCAUCAGCGCGGCCCCCUACUGCAUCCUCUUCCUCAUCCCGGUGGAGUCCAACUCUUCCCAGCACCAGGCACUCCUGAAGCUGCUGCUGAGCUUCGCCUCGGGGGGCCUGCUGGGGGACGCCUUCCUGCACCUCAUCCCGCACGCGCUGGAGCCACAUUCGCAUCCCGGAGAAGGAGGGGGUCACUCCCACGGAGCGGAGGCGAAGCCCCCCGCCCACGGACACUCUCACCAGGAUCCUUCGCACCACCACAUGAUGUCGGUCGGGCUCUGGGUCCUCGGGGGCAUCGUGGCAUUCCUGGUUGUGGAAAAGUUUGUCAGGCACGUCAAAGGCAGCCACGGGCACAGCCAUGCCACCAAGGUCAAAUGCAGCGAUGAUGAGGAGGAGAAAGAGUCCCCCCGAGGAGCAGGCGAGAAAGCUGCCUCGAGGAGGAAGGCUCCGGAGCAGAAGGAGAAGCCCCCAGAGUCCACCAUGCGCGUUGCCGGGUACUUGAACUUGGCAGCGGACUUUGCCCACAACUUCACGGACGGGCUGGCGUUGGGGGCCUCGUUCCUGGCUGGCAGCACCGUGGGGGCCGUCACCACCCUGACUGUGCUUCUGCACGAGGUGCCCCACGAAGUGGGCGACUUUGCCAUCCUGGUGCAAUCCGGCUGCAGCAAGUGGAAGGCGAUGAAGCUGCAGCUGGUGACGGCCUUGGGGGCUCUGGCGGGCACCGUCUGCUCGCUGCUGGCCGAGGGGGUGGGGGAAGCGGCCACCGCCUGGAUCCUGCCCUUCACGGCCGGGGGCUUCAUCUACGUGGCCACCGUCUCCGUGAUCCCGGAGCUGCUGCAGGAGUCCGGGCCCGUCCAGUCCCUGCUGGAGGUGCUGGGGCUGGUGGCCGGCGUGGCCAUGAUGGUGUUCAUCGCUCAGUACGAGUAGCAGAAGGUGCCUGCUGGAGAGAAGAGACUGAGAGCCCACUCCUCCUUCGGACGUGGUCCAGGAACUGGGGGAGGGGGCCUUCUCCCUCCCACCCACCCUCCACCCACCUCCGCUUUGCUUGAGCCUGCCAGGAGCAGAGAGUCAGACCCACCUGUCUCCGUCUCCGCCCUUCCGUUCUACCUGUUGGCCUGAGGAUUCAGGCGCUGCCGGGAGUUUCGCUGAGCCCCCGUUCCUCUUCCUGCAGGGGCAAGUCUGGCCCUCCAGAGAGUUGGCUCUUCUGUCCCAGGUGGAUGCAGUGGCGGGUUGGGGAGGCCUUUUCCUGUGGGGGCAGGGGAGGGGUAUGGGGGGGGACUCUAGGCCAGCACUCCCCCAAACACCAGGAUUCAGUCUGUAAUUUUGUUUGGAGGGGGGGGAGGUGUGUGCAAUCCUUGAUUCUCUACCCCACCUAGUAUUUUGGGGGGGGGGGGGAAUUUACCAGGGACCAAAACAAGGAAGAAAUAUGGGGGUGGGGGAGAGGAAUCAUGUUUCCAGACUUUGUGGGGGUUACUAGAAGGGGGGGGUGGGGGUUUCCCCAAGACUGAGUUGCUGGUUUUGGACAACGGGGUGUGCCAGAAUCCUUGGCAGAGACCCCUCCUUCCUGUGGCUUGUUAGCUCCAGGGGGGGUGUGUGUCCGGUGGAUGUGGUGAGAGGGCGACGUCUCCCCCCCCCCC